UACCACUCCCAGAGGGCCACGGGCUCCUAGGCGGUGUCGGGUUUCCGUCGAGUGACCCUUGUGAGGUUGCUUUUGAGGGAUCAGCGUUGAGUGGCCAGCAAGUUCAGGAGCGCCCAGGCUUUGGUCCAGCUGGUGAUAAGAUGGGAGCCGGCCAGUCCAUGUGCUUUCCACCCAUCUCGGGACCCCACCACGUGGGCUGCACAGAUGUGAUGGAGGGCCAGAGUCUUGAGGGGAGCCUCUUCCGACUCUUCUACCCCUGCCAAGCAUCAGAGGAGAAGUGCGAGCAGCCCCUCUGGAUUCCCCGCUAUGAGUACUGCAUGGGCCUGGCUGACUACCUACAGUAUAACAAGCGCUGGGUGGGCUUGCUGUUCAACCUGGGAAUCGGAUCUUGUCGCUUGCCUGUUAGCUGGAAUGGCCCCUUUAAGACAAAGGACUCUGGAUACCCUUUGAUCAUCUUGUCCCAUGGCCUAGGAGGCUUCAGGACGCUGUACUCGGCCUUCUGCAUGGAGCUGGCCUCCCAUGGCUUUGUGGUGGCUGUUGUGGAGCACAGAGACCAGUCAGCUGCGGCCACCUACUUCUACAAGCAGACCUCACAAGAGAGCCAGCCUGCUGAACCGCUGGAGGAGGAAUGGAUCCCCUUCCGGCAGAUCAAGGAAGGAGAGAAGGAAUUCCACGUUAGGAAUCCCCAGGUGCACCAGCGGGUGAGAGAGUGUGUGCGGGCGCUGCGGAUCCUACAGGACGCCUCUUCCGGGAAGACUGUCCUCAAUGUCUUCCCUGGUGGAUUGGACCUGAUGACCCUGAAGGGCAGCAUCGACAUGAGCCGUGUGGCUGUGAUGGGACACUCGUUUGGAGGAGCUACAGCUAUUCUUGCUUUGGGCCAGGAGGUCCAGUUUCGGUGUGCUAUAGCCCUGGAUGCUUGGAUGUUCCCUCUGGAACACGACUUCUACCCCAAGGCCCGGGGCCCUGUGUUCUUUAUCAACGCUGAGAAAUUCCAGACUGUGGAGAGCGUCAACUUGAUGAAGAAGAUAUGUGCCCGGCAUGAGCAGUCCAGGAUUGUGACUGUCCUGGGCAUCGUUCAUCGGAGUCAAAGUGACUUUGCUUUCCUGACAGGCGGCAUGAUCGCCAAGUUCUUCUCCAGUCACACGCGUGGGACGCUGAACCCUUACGAAGGUCAGGAGGUUAUGGUGCGGGCCAUGUUGGCCUUCCUGCAGAGGCACCUUGACCUGAAGGAGGACUACGAUCAGUGGAGCAGCUUCAUCGACGGCAUCGGACCCCGGCUCAUCCAGGGGUCCCCACAAUACCUGUCUCUAGGCACGGCUGGCCGUUUGUAGGUCGCUUGAGCAGAGUUUCCAUUCAGGAACUGCCCCAGGGUACUUGUAACCUGUCGGCAGGAUCCUUUUUUCACACACCGAGAAGAUGUAAUCAGACAGCUGAUUGGGCAACUGGGCACUUGGACUCGCUGAUCUUAAACACACCUCAGAACAGAAUACACAUCACUGGCUGAUUGGGAAGUUGAUUUUUUUUUUUUAAGUCAAGGGCUCAUAUCCCAGACUGGCUUUGAACUUACUUUAGAGUGAGGAUGACCCUCCUUCUGAAUGACAAAACACUGCCACUCUGCCUGGUUUCAUUCAGCGCUGGGGAUCUGACGUGAGUGGUUAUGCCUGACUUAAUGGCUGUGAUGUACUUACGUGCAGAGGACCGGGUCCCAGUGACAGUCCGGGACCUGUUUGUUUUAAAUAAGAGCAGUGUGUGCCUGAUCAGCUGAGCUCUCUCUAGCCACGGACCGUUUCUGCUGUUCUGGCCACAGUUACCAUGUGGAGUUCACAGCGAGAGGAGCCAUUGGCGCUGGGCCUUGACAGUCCCACGCCCAGGGCACUUGGUGUCCGGGUGCUCAUCUCAAGGAAACCACACUGGAGCCGGGGUAGCCACCUGGGCUGACUUCACAGUGUUUGCCCUGAAGGUUAGGCCGCCACUGUUGUGUCCGAGCCGCAGCCCCUGCUCUUGGCAAGCUGACUUUCUGACGCUGGGCCAAGAGAACAAGCUGUAGGGGGAGACUGGCUGAGCCCCAGGCCGAGCCCCGUGGAGCCCAUGUGUGCAGACUGGGCAAGCCCACUCUCUCACCGUGCCUCGUGAUGCCAAAGGCCUGAGGGAAACCUUAGGGCUUUCCAUCCCUGCCUGGCACUCUCCACGUGCCGUCUCUCCCCAGGGAAACACUGGGUAACUGGUUUCCCACUUACUUUUCAGUCUUCUUGCUGUAUGCAAAACAGCCAUGGGCACCUCGUACUGUUAUUCGUAGGAGCCCCGGGUGUGGCAAACAGUAUUGUCCUCAGAACACAGCCACAGCCGAGUCACUCGGAAGCUCGGCGUCUUUGAGGUUUCACGGGUGUGUCUUGUCAGGAAGCAUCCUGGGUAGGUUAAGCUUGGUGGUGGGAUACUAAUGCAGCCGAGGCACCAUUUGCACAGGCCACCGAGGGCACUGGGUUGGCCAGCUCAACUCUGGGAAUGUUCUAGGGAGCUCCAGAUCUCUAUCUGAGGUCAGCGUGGUCUUGCCUCUUAGCCCUCAUGCCAUGAGCCACCAGCUUGCUCCAAACCUGGGUGCUCCAGCCGUCUGUUGUGUUUUGUGUUUUUGAGGCCAUCGUCCGCAGUUUAAGUCAAGAAACAGUCCUACUCUCACGUUUGCCUGAUGGUGUGUUGUCCUACCUGGUCUAUUUAGUCUGUGUUAGAGCAGGUCGGGGAACCAUCUGGGAGUGAAUUUUCUUUCUGUUUCCCUUUGUUCACUGAUGUGCCCACAUGGAAAACCCUUGCAAAGAAAGGAAGUCUCCCAGAGUUCCAAGCUCUACGGGAAGGCCCGUCUAGGACUGUAUCUCUACCAUACAAGACACAUCACCCGAGUCCAAGGAGGGAACGCUGGAGGGGCAAGUCCAGAACAGAAAUGCAUCUCUGCACAGUAGGCCAAGGUCAGCAGAGAGAGACGUGCACGCAUCAGGAGGUUCCUCAGAGUCAUGGCUCUGCGGCCGCACAGCUGGGCCUUGAGUUCUGGCUCCACCGUGUAAAUCAGAGCAUGCUGUGUUAUCUUUCCAACCUCCAUCUCUGAAUGUGUGUAGUGAGGGCCUUCCUUCCAAACAGUUGGGAUAAUGAGUGAGGGGAUGUUCUUAGACUCGGUUAUGGGUUAUUAGAUGUACGCUUCCUGUUUCCCACACGUGCGCUUUCUAAUUAUUCGUGUAUUAAAUGUCUCAUGGUAAGAAUGGCCCGUAUGAUCUUCAUCCUUCAAGAUUUGUUGACGUGAUCGUCUGCCCACUUGAAGUCGACACUGUCACUGUUGACUGUACUAUUAAAAAGCCUGUCUAUUCUGAA